GAACCAUUGAAUGUGCAUCAAUCAAAUUUGGCUUUAUUGGUAUGUAUUCUCUGCAUGUUUUAUUAUUUCUUGCUGUCUGUUGCAAUUGUUUUGUUCAUAAGUCAGUUCUACAGUUCUUCCUCGGACAGCAUGGAGAAGUGAGCUUUGAAGUGUAGAUAUGGUGCAGAAUGAACCGUUUAGUUGAAAGAAUGAAUGAUCUGAAGCAAAUAACAGACUGUAUUCAUUUUCCAUGAAUUGUAGACCUGUUUGACGCGACACAAGAACACAAAUCGACUGAUUAGUUUGUUUGCGCAUUAUUGAUCUUAUCAUGGACAGGCAAUCCUACAGCGAUGUUAGUAAAAAGAGGUCUUGCUUAGACACAAUGUUUUUGAAUUAUUUACAAAGUAUAGGAAUGCAAAAGCAGAUGACAGUUAUAGUGGAAAGACUCUUUGACUGAAUAGUUUCUAAUUUAAUUUGGGUGCCACAGACUGAGUUUUGUAGUAUGGUGCAGAAUGAUCCGUUUAGUUGAAAGAAUGAAUGAUCUGAAGCAAAUAACGGACUGUAUUCAUUUUCCAUGAAUUGUAGGCCUGCUUGACGCGACACAAGAACACAAAUCGACUGAGUAGCUAUUGAUAAAGGUUUGUCAUUAUGGCGCUUUAUAACGAACUUUUAACUUCAAUACUUAAUUCUCAUAGCUGAUUAUAUAGAAAUUGUUUGCGCAUUAUUGAUCUUAUCAUGGACAGGCAAUCCUACAGCGAUGUUAGUAAAAAGAGGUCUUGCUUAGACACAAUGUUUUUGAAUUAUUUACAAAGUAUAGGAAUGCAAAAGCAGAUGACAGUUAUAGGGGAAAGACUCUUUGACUGAAUAGUUUCUAAUUUAAUUUGGGUGCCACAGACUGAGGUUCUGUACUACUAAUAAAAAAAUUAAAAGAAUUAAACACCUUUCUAAAAGACUACUUUAAGAGCCAAUGUCGGAAAAUAUCGAGAAUCUCAAAUCAGUUCCAAAAAUUCCAAUUUUGGCUGAUACCACCCAAACAUCCUUUUAGCGGAACUAUUUCAAGAAACGAUAUUAAGAAAUCUCCAAGCGCUUUACAUUUUGAGAAUUUUAGAAAAGUUCCAAAAUUCGCAAAAAAUACAUUUUUUAAUUAGGGAAACGGGUGCAACUUUCAACAUAUUUCAACGAAACAGUACAAGCGCGCCAAAGCUCCUAUUGACUUGAUAUUACUUAUGUAUUUAGCAGACAUCCACAGCUUCAAGACCCCGUAAAAAGGUUUUGCAAAAUAACUAUUUUGAUAUAGUUUCUGGCUUUUAUUGUGUGCGCUCUGAUUGUGUGUUGUUUUGGCAGUCAAAAUAACGCCCAACUUCAACCGUCAAAAGUCGAUCCUGGUAUGUCACAAAUUGAAAAAACUACUAUACCAAACGAAAGACCUGUUAUUUUUUUAAUUACACCUGAAGUUUUAGCUCUGCGAAUUUAAACGUGUGCGAGUAAUAAAAUUUCAACUUGUGCCCCCUAAGUCGCCUGUCCGCGACAAGAACAGGAAUGUAAACAAAGGAAAACAUAUGCAAAUCGAGGAGAAAAUCAUACGGAAGUUAUAACUUACCCCUCAAAGCGCAAAAAAUUGAUGGAAUUCUGUUACCUUAACAGGUAUUUCUAUCUGAGAGACUAAUAAAACGAAAUUAUCCGUCCAAUAAUAAUAAAAAAGGUAUAAAAAGGGCUGGAGGGCUAUGGUCAUGAAAUCGCCUCGGAUGCAUCGGAACUCGUGUGUAUGGUUCCGGAGGUAAAAAAGCUUCUAAAGAAGCUUUCAAAAUGCACCAUGGAGCAAGCAAACAAUGUCAGUAAAAGUAGACUGAUAUUUUGAGGUAUUAUAGAAAUGAACCAUUGUAAGUUUAUUUUUACAAGUGACCCUUAAAAUUACAAGAGAUAAGAAAUAAAAUGACAGAGGCGGGCCGGCCAUCGACAGUUCCAUUUUAAAUGGUCCGUCCCUUGGCUAUCGUACUCAAUGUUAAGUCCAAAAAACCGAAACAAGAUUCAACGAAAUAAAACAUAUAUUACAAUAAUCUUUAAAAAGUAUAAUGCUAACUUGAGAAUUAGAUUUCCCGCAUCGCAAAGUUUUAAUUAUGUAAAUAUCAGGAAUGUUUACUUACUGAUCUUAUGUCGUGUUACAUGUUCCAAGUUCCACAGGAGAAGAGUAAAACCCUCCGUCUUGUCUAUACAUUUCAUAAAAAAAGACUAACUUAUUUGUUUACUAGAACUAUAGAUAGGGAGUUAACAAUCCUCCCAUAAACACAGAAAACGAAGAAGCCAAUUCAUCUCGUUUUUUUGGUGUUGUGUUACCUGUCACAUUUUUCAAGUCACGUGCUUUGCGGUACACGGUUUGUGAAAAUGAAAUACAAAACAUAUUAUUUAGUUAUUUCUUUUAAGGUAGUCACCUGCAAAACAUCGCACAAUUGUCAAUGAAUAAAGAAGGACUGUGCAAUCAAAACUAACAGAAUCUCCUGGAGCACACAAGCCAUCUCCGUUUAAAUUUUCAUUAACAAAAACAUCAUCUUGUAUUCAGAAUUUCCCGUUUUUUCCAGUAUGCAAGGAAAAAUUCUGAAAAAAUACUUCAUGCACGCCGAGUAGACUUUAAAAUACUCCCGCAUUGGCCUAACAAAGUUCAAGUAAGGGAAAUGUCAACGAUAAAGUAUUCUUCGACAUGCGGCUCUAAAAUACUCCACCCCCAUAACUUUUGUAAUGGUCCGUCUCUUACAACUAAAGUAUUUGAGAUUUUCGUAGGCUCGAUUACCAGCAGUUGCUUAGGAAAUGAGCCCGCGCUCCUCCCCCAAAAAGUCUCUUCUCAGAGAGGAGGGAGCGGCUAAGCAGUUGUCCCUUUCGUAAACGGUCACUGCCAUUUUUAAGACACUUUUUGACAAUUUUUGACCUGUUAUUGAGAGUGUUUCUAUUAGAAAGAAAGAAAAUCGGGACCCACGGUCAAAGCCCACGGUAUCUUUCGUAUCCUAAUCUCUCUCCCUUACCUCUCUACUUUUUGACUACCACAUCGACGCGCCAAAAUUCCGAAAAAUUUAACAAUAGCAGCGGCCCAAACCGAGCCUAAGAUCUCCACUUAUUUUUCUUUACUUUCGUAAAAUAUCACUUAAAAACGACCGACAGAUUGAUGCCAAGUAAAAAACGGGGACAGGACUUAGUCCCGGGAGGGGGGGUACUCCCUUAUACAAGCUAUAUAGGUAUGUGCCGCCCCAGCGGGUAGGGUUUUUGGGCCUUUUUGGUCUGAAAACGGGUACACACUUUGCCCAGUUUGGUAUGGAAUCGGGUAUGGUUUUCGAAGGAACUACGGGAGUGUAUGAAAGUUUUUAUCGUUUCAAUUCCAAAUGAGAACGAAAGAAAGAUAAUUAUGCGAAUUCGAGAUGGAUUUAAUUUUUUUUUUGUUUACGCUUUAAUCUUAGUAAUGAUAACAUAAUUUUAACCUAAAGGCCAGGUCUGAAAACGGGUAUGGAUUUUAGUGGUCGCGUCUGAAAACGGGUGUGGAAAAUGACAUUUUUUGGUCUGGAGUAGGGUCAGAAUUAGGAGAAACGGGCGGCACACCCCCACCAAGAAUUUUCAGGAGUACACCACCCCCGGACUAGCGUCACCUAUCCAGUGCUCAAUUUCAGCCUUGGCUUUGGCAUCCACAAUUACUGAUGGCUUCUUUGAGCAACUUCAGGUAUGGAGCUUUACGGCGAAUUGGUUGAUCGGGAAUGUCAAGAUUGAGGCUUUGACAAAUCACCUGAAACAACGAAACCUUCAAGCUCUUUAAUGUGUCUUCUUCUGCCAUGGCACAGAUGUUGUACUGGUAAAAAACAAUGGGAUGUUGGAGUGUGACAGUAGCCAUCACUUGGUCUCUAGCCGUGGAAAAGUUUAUUUCAUCUUCAAUGGCGGUAAGGUCGGCUUCAUGGGUGAGGGUCUGUUGGCGAGUUGUCGCGGAAAGGCGAGAGAAAUAUGAAGAAAUCUGCUGAGAGGUCAGAAAUUCGGUUGAUUUAAAAAGCCGCUCGCCAUUCGAACCAUGGGCACGUCUCAUGUCACGUGCUACAAGACUUGCGUCGACUUUCCGUCCAGUGGACUGACCAAUGUUGAAUUUAGCAGUGAGGUAGGCCUUCUGCUUUUCACUAAAACGGUACGCCUUCUUAGCUGGUCGUAACGCCCAUCCCUCUGUUAAACGUUCUCUGGAUUGUUUGUUUGCAACGCUGGUGGUUCUUAAGGUUGGCACGACACCGACACCCUCUUCUAAAACCUGCUGAUAGCCAAGCUUAGCAAGAUCCAUAAGAGUGUGUUUUUCCAAGGACCGUAUGCAUUUCUCAGAGGACAGAUGUUUCGUUAAUGCCGAAUGUCUUUGGAAAACCCUUGUACAUCCACUCUCGGGGCAAGUGUAUAAACCAUGGUUGGUCUGACUCUCCUGUACGUCACUGGAUCUCUCUCUUGUUUUGGGAGACUCGUCGUGGUCAACAUGCUUUUUCUCUUUAUGGCCGAAAGACUUGAAUUUCCCCGGAGAAAAUGUAGAUUCUAGCCACCUGUUUUCGGAUUCUGUAAAUAGGGAAAUUUAUAAGUGUCAAAACGACACUGGGUAAACGAACAAAUUAGUAAUAGUAAUAACUUUAUUUAACGAGGGUAAAGACAUUGAUUACUGGUCACCCAGUAGUUUUCAUAAUGGCCCUCCUACAAUUAAAGUAAUAAAAAGUAUCGAUUAUUUAAUUAACUACCAAUAUAAUCUACCAACUAAAAUUACAUAAUAAACUACUAUUAAUACAAUAUUGAUUAAUUGACUACUAAUGAAACUAAAAGGUUUUACAAAUCUUAAAAUGAUCAAGAGAAGAAAUCAAACUACGGUAAAGUUUAAAUAAGUAAUUUUUAAAAUUAGUGCAGAGAUAGAUAUUAUUUUAUUGUGUUUCAGUUUUAGGAGCUUUGUAUGUAUUGCUAUAUUGGUAUUAUUUUUUCCAUUGCUCUUAUUGCUUUUGAGUUGAUCUUCCCGGUUACGUAGGGGUUUCUUAGCUAUCCUUAAGUUUUUUUAAUGAAAAUUUAAAAUAGUCGGCAGUCCCAAAUACAAACAACAAAAACAAAAACUUCAAGACUGUGCGUUACCUGUUGUCGAGGUAUCGGCUUUGAUUUCUUUUCCUCUGCCAAUGUCAUAUGCCCUCCAUGCUUUGAUAUCACCUUCUGUAAACUCAAAGUUGUUGAGUUUACUGACAUUGUGGAUCUUCGCUGGUUCGCUGAUUGGUGAUGCCGUUGUGAUUGCAGCCAGACACGCUACGCGGACGCCAUCAAUUACUCCAUGUGAGACAAGAGCGUCUUUUAAUUGAGUGGCAUUCGUGACAUCAUGGCCUUCAUUGAUGAAAAUGCGCACGUGAGCCUUACAUGUGGCUGCAAGGCGAUCUGCAGCUCCCUUACCGCCUUGUGGAUCACUGAAAUCAAUGCGUCUGAUCUGGACUCCUGUAGAACUCGAAACUACAGGGCACGCAAGGAUCGUUGCGGACGAAUGAUAGCAUCCAGCGUUGUCCUGCCGAAAAUAGGCCUUCGUUACGUUUGGAUACUCGGAUUUGAUAGAGCGAAGCACAUCCUGCAUGAUUGAUAUCACAGAGGUACUGUCCUGACUGCAUGACUGGAUGAUGUGAACAUAUCCUUGCCACUGUAACUGACUGUCAGAUCUUCUAUAGACCACGGAAAUGUGCCAAGAUAUGCCACGCUUUCCGAACCAGUCAGACUGCGAUUCUCGGUACCUCUGUGGUAGAAACUUCAUCGCCCAGUCGUUGACAAUGAGUACUGUCUCAUUGUCAAGAAGGUCAAGAAAGUCCAGUCGCGCUUGGUCUUGGUUAAAUGAUCGUAAUAUGUGGCACUGCCAUGAACGGAUGGCAAGCUUCGAUGACUGCAUAAUGUAAAUCGCUUCUUCACGCUCGUCAUCAGAUGAAAAAUGGCAACAGUUAAUGCGACUGUCAAUUUCCCUUAAAGUUUCGUUUAGCGCUUCACACUGCUCACAGAUAUCUUCGUGAUUGUGUUGGCACUACACCUGGUAGUCUGGAUUGCUAGCAUCGCUCAAUGAAAACGCUACACAGUGAUCUGGUAUGCUAGCUUCCUUCUCCAAAUGCACCUGCAAACAAAUCAAUUCAUUGCAAAAGCAAUAAGCCUCAUUUAAUCAACUUAUUUCGGGCGAUCACCUACACUCCACAACAGCGGUUCAUAUUUUUUGCGCCUGUAUGUGCUUGCUACCCAAGUUAUACGCUUUUCACACAAACGUUUUCCCACAUGGGAUGAGGAUAUAGCGAUACUCAAGCUUACCUCACCUAUUGAUAUAAUUAAUGUGCCAACAAGAAGUGCAUUACCCUGGGUACCAGGGUUUUUUUCCGCGCGCGGAGGGCCUGCGGGAAUCCUCGGCGUCGGCCGACGGCCGAAGUCUUGAGAAAAAUGCGGCUCACUGUUAAGGCUUUACAGAAACCGGAAACCAGGCAAGAAAAGUCUCUUCCAGGGUAGAAGCGCUUUGGUUCUUGUAACAAAAGACUAUUUUGUUUCACUCGUUACAAAUUACAAUGUUUCUAAACAAUGAUGUCUCCAGUAUCUUAUAGGUAACUAACGAUUAGGCGGGAACUGAGGUGAAAUGUACCUAUACUUAUCAAUACUCCAAAUUUAUUGAUGCAUUAACCAUCAAAUUUUUCUGUUUGCUUAAAACAUACCUUGUAGUCUCCUUUUAGAUAAAGCUUAGCAGCUUUGAGCGACUCGAUCAUUCGUCUUUCCCAAUCCAUGUCACUUUCCACUUCAUUUAUUUUACGCACCAGCGAUAUCAGGUCAUCAAAUGCUCGUGUACCAUCCGCGGCAUAGUAAUCGAGUCCCUAAAGAGACUUUCUUACUGACGCACUGCAUUGAGACAAAACGCGCAACAUCGUGCUUUGACUAAAAGGCUUAAAGCCAGUCUCUUGACAGUACUGAGUAUAUUGACGCACGAUUCGUUGAGGUAUCAUGGUUCUUAUCACGUUGGGGACUUUAAUGACUUCACCCGUCGAAAGAGUCAACUGUUUCUGUCCGAACGGAAGAUCUUGUACUAAGUGUGGGCUUGUGAUAAAGCACAGAAAAUGAUCUAACUGUUUUAGAUCUACUUUUAUUCUUGUUGACACCCGAGGAGGUAUAGGUGCCUCUCGACCAAACUGAAGGCGGUGCAGAUUUGCCAUAGAGUACCGGUACCUUGUUAGCCCUGGAAUGAAAGUGGCUAAAAUUUUUAAACCAGCAACACCAGUCAUUACAGAAAGGAUUUGUCGGCGGGUAUCCCAGCUAUCGGCAUUAUUAUACGCUUCUGUUAGGGCUUCUAGGUAACGCUGAUCUGCUUGUGAGAUAUCUUCAAUACCAAGCAACUUAUUCAUGGAAGCUGUUGAUGUCAUGGCUCUCCAAAUAAGGCCAGCGUCUUUGGGAGAAAUUGUUUUUAGCACUGCAGCUACGAAGUCGCUUGAUCUUCUUGUAUACCUUUGUUUAGUGGAUUCACUGCAACCGCUAAACUCCAACCAUUUUCUUUGAAGCGGCGGUAUAUUCCAAGCCACCAAGAACUCAUUCAGAAGGCUACGCUGCAUUUCUGCGGCUGUUGCUUGGGAGGGAACAAUUUCAUCGCUUUGAGUAGACGUUGUGCUCCUGGUUUCAGGGCUUAAAAAGGCCUCAUCGGCAAUUUCUAACUUGCUUAAUGCACCAAGGACAGCACUAGAGACAUCACUGUCUGCAGAUGUCGACUCCUCAGUUUCCUACACAUUUAAAAUAAAUAAAAAAUUAGAGAAUCCUUUUAAUUCCCAUUACAGUUUAAACCAGUUUGCCGCAUUUUUCGAUUUUGUAAGGAUAAGAGGAUAAUACAGUUUGAAAAAAAAAAAACGCAUCGAAGACGCAGGUGAACAAUUUGCUCGUUUGAUGGCACUUUAUUCACAGCUUUUUGCUUCUUUAAGUUUGAUUGGGUUGAAGUUCAGCCUUUCAGCCUCGGCCGAAUUCACCUUCCUCGGUCUGCCUAAAAUCAUUUCUUUUGGUGCUUCAUGCGUUACAGGAACUGGCUUACGCUUAGUGGCAACCUCGACUCGACCCCAGUAAUUCUCAAUUGACCUUUCUUUUUCUGGCGUCUUUCCUGUGAUAUUGACAUCUUUUUCCAGAUAUCACAAUCGUCGUCAAUGUUUGCUUUUUACAAAGAAUAAGCGGGGAGGUUGGGUGGGGGUGGGGGCGGGGAGGUUGGGUGGGGGUAGGGGCGGGGGGGUUUGAGUCAAUCAAUAACGGAGAAAUAUUUUGAGUAAAUAACCUAUUUUAUGGGCUUAUCAACAUACCAGCCUUGUAUCACCAGUUUCCAAGAUUCCUUCUAAAUUCUUUACUUCAUCCCCACUUUCCACAGAUCCUUCUAACUUCUCCUCUUCAGCUUUAGCUUCCUUAGGUCCUUCUGAUCCCUUCUCUAUUGCUCCAGCGCCCACUAGACGUUUUUCCUCUUCCCUCGUCAGAUGUCCAAAGCAAGUCGAGCAAAUAGCUAAUGUGAAAUAAUAGUAUGUUAGAAAAUCCUCGAUUAAGGCCCCUAGGGGUGGCUUAAUAGAGAUGGGGGACUUACCCCCCUGAGGGGUGGCUUAAUAGAGAUGGGGUUCUUCUUAUGGGCUCCUGAACUUGGUAUCAGUUUUCCAUAAAGAACUCAAAUGCAAUGUGCAAAAGCUCAAGCGCAGGAAGUUGAAGGUCAUGCGGCCGAGAAUCAAAAACAAACCCCGAACUUCCAGCUGGUGAAUAAACCACCCCUGUAUUCCAUCACUUCCUUACCCAGCCGCUGUUUGUUACUAACAGAGUCAGACCGUUCAAUCUCUCCUAAGAAUUUCAGUAAAAUUACAAGACAUAACGUAAAAAUCACUUACGCGAUCCAACAACAAUUAGCUGGCCUGUUUCCUUCAAAAUAAGUGAAGAUAGUUGACUGCUUAUUCUGCGUGUUCCUUUUACUUUUGCUGACUUAUGUGCGAUCAUUGGGCUUGGAACCGAACACAUAGUUUUCCCUGUUCUCCAUCUUAUACCAUAUUCCGCCCGAUGACGGGGACAUAUAGUUAUAAGGUCAUGAGACACAUCCGGCGAAAAAAUUCCUGAUUAGAAAAAACCUUCGGAAUUAGAAUUGUGUUAGGUGCUGACAGAACAUCAAAACAAAGUAAAAUUCAACCACUUGUCGUUUACUGACCUGCACGAGCUAGUAGCAGUUUCCUUUCACUUUCCAACGAUGGAUCUUCACUGAGGCCAUACAUUUCCAGAUGUCUCGUGAUCUCUCGUUCGCAUUUACCAAGAGGUAUACAUUCGUAUUGACCAGGAUAUUCCUGGCUAACACCGCAUUUAAAAUUUCCAUCAACAAGAGUCGAAAAAGUACACAACAUUUUUUUCUUUCCACGCACGUUCGUUAUACACGCUGUAGGUUAUACGAUGUGUCGAUUAUGCAAGGCAGUUCUUUUUAGAUUUCGACAUACUGUACAGAAUUAGGUGAUUACGUGUACACGGGAAAGAUUGCGUGAGCGGCUGCAGAGUAAUUUAUUCAAAUCACCAUACACGUAACUUGACACCAAGUUAGGAGAACCAACAUUUGGCGCCGAAAUCUUUUUACGGACGUAUACUACAGAUUACAAUUUUCAGUUAGUCGCUAGUUUAAAGUCAUUUUAUUCAGGUAACCUUAAGAGCCUUACAUCACGAGAAAGAUAUGAACACUUGCUAACACUGUGACUGGGUGGAGGGUAUUACAGUAGUUUCUACAAAUCCUGGACGAACGUCGAAAACCAAUAUUCGUGUUUCGUAAUCUCAAAGCUUAAAGGUGGAUGUCUGUUGAGGACCCUUCAGGAAGGUGUGUUCACCAUUAUUGUAAAUGUUUGCUUUGAAAUACUUGCAUCUUAAAGCCUUUUGGCUUUGGGCACGAACAAUCUCUUUUAUUUGGGAAACAAUUAUUACGGUCCGCUUAGUGUUUGUUUGUGGUCUUGAUAGCCGCUGUAAUUCCAUUUUGUUGAGAGGUCCGGAUUUACAAUAGUUUUGACUUGGAUUUCAUAGUUCAUUUUUAUCUAAGUAACUUUUUUUUCCUGACAUAGUUUGGCCAAUGGGGUUUUGAAGUUGACAGAAAUGAUUGAUAGACCGAACGCCUGUUACUUCAGUACCGGGAAUUUACCCGAUCAAAAUUUGUGAGCAAUUGCAUUUGGCCCAUCACUCUUUUUUAUUUUUUUCCUUGUUUUAGAUUAUUCGAUGAACAAUUACGCUUUAGUAGCUUCCCAGGUACCAAUAAUUGAUUAGAUAACGGAAUUUUCAUCAAUUUUUUGCGCUUUGAUGUACUAACUAUAACUUCCGUUUGAUUUUCUACUCGAUUUGCAUAUGUUUCCUUUGUUUACAUUCCCGUUCUUGUCGCGGACAGGCGACUUGGGGGGCACAAGUUAAAAUUUUAUUUCUCGCAAGCGUUUAAAUUCGCAGACCUAAAACUUCAGGUGUAAUUAAAAGAAUAACAGGUUUUUCGUUUGGUAUAGUAUUUUUUUCAAUUUGUGACAUACCAGGAUCGACUUUUGACGGUUGAAGUUGGGCGUUUUUUUGACGGCCAAAGCAACACACAAUCAGAGCGCACACAAUAAAAGCCAGAAACUAUAUUAAAAUAGUAAUUUUGCAAAACCUUUUUACGCGGUCUUAAAGCUGUGGAUGUCUGCUAAAUACAUGAGCAAUAUCAAGUCAAUAGGAGCUUUUGCGCGCUUGUACUGUUUCGUUGAAAUCUGUUGAAAUUUGCACCCAUUUUCUGAAUUAAAAAAUGUAUUUUUUGCGAAUUUUGGAACUUUUCUAAAAUUCUCAAAAUGUAAAGCGCUUGGGGAUUUCUUAAUAUCAUUUCUUGAAAGACUUUCCCUAAAGGGAUGUUUGGGUGGUAUCAGCCAAAAUUGGAAUUUUUGGAACUGAUUUGAGAUUCGCGAUAUUUUCCGACAUUGGCUCUUAAAACGAGAUAUGCUAGAUUACUGUAGUGAAGUACUAAAGUGUGACGUCAUAAAAAUUAAAUUUCUGAAAUUAUGGGAUUUGUCAGGAUAUUCUGAAAGAACAAUGUCCAAGAGGCCUACUCGCCAAAAAUGAGCAUUUCGGGGCAAAUUUUCUCUGAGAUCGUAGCCCAGUUAUACUUAAAAAACUCCAUACAAACCCUUCUAAAUUUUUUGGGGUCGACCCAAAAGAUCAAUAAUAAGUCGUGGGGAGAGGGGUAGUAUGGAAGCAUAGGGGCUUUUUUUUAAACAAAAUUGAUGGUCGAUCUGAGUUCUGAAAUUCAUUGUUAUGGUGUUGUCCGUGUUGUUGCCAACCGGCGUAGGUGGAUCGAUUCAGUUUGGUGAUCAAUAUGAUUCACUUUUACACUGUACACAGGAAAUUAUUAUUUAAUUGUCAAAAGUUAACUCAAGCAUUGACUCUGCUCCAGUGCAGGGGGUUCAUUAAGGGCCGGGCACCGGGCAAAUUGACCGGCUGUGAACACGACUUUGCCCGGCUGCUUUACAUCUCAAAGAACUUCUUUUUAAUACAAGGAACGAUCAAUAACAGUUUUAAGUUACAAUCGUGCCCAUUUCUUGAUGAGUCUUAUCGAGUGUAAAACAUACUUUGCCGUGCAAUUUCCACUUUAUUACACGCGGCAUGAAAUCCCCUCGUUCUUUGUGUGUUAAAAACAAGAAUCGCCCCAUAACACAUUGCGAAAAGAACUGUGCUUCAUAAACGACCACCUGAAAUGUAUCAGUGUUGCGAGCACGUGAGCAUGGCGGCCCAGAAAAGAACGCGUUCGAUAGCGUAUUAUUUUUCGGCUUCAACCAAAGGGCCUCCAGUAGAGAAAAGACCAAGAGAUGAGUAGACUUCUUUGUGAUUUAACCUUUUACUUGCCUGUAUAUAUUGAAUGGCUUAAUCAUCAUGUUCAACGAAGCGAAGCGUGAUUUUUAUUCGUCUUAUGGUUUACGCCAAUGAAUUAAUUUUCGGUGCGUUCACGUUAAAACAGUGCUCCUCCCGUCUAGUCAUUGAAAUUUUAAAGAUAAGUUGAUUACGGCUCAGAUGCUGACGGUGAAUUUGAGUAAAGCUUAUUACGAGCAGAGCUAUUAAAAGAGAACCAAAAAGUCCAAUUUGUGUGGUGGGUAUUGGUGUCAAAUCAUGAUUAAAUUGUCUAGAAAAGUUAUCUUUUUUUGGUUGUUGAAAGUCAUUGUCUGCAGCUUCAAAAUGCAGGAAAACACAUCCUUAGGACUAUAGAAUUUCAAAAUUUUCCGGGGGAGCAUGCCCCCGGACCCCCCUAGAGGGCAAGGCCCUCCGGGCCUUGCCAAUUCUUUGCCCGGGUGUCAAACUCAGUUGCCCUCCUGUUCAAAACCUUAAUGAACCCCCUGCCAGUGCGAAUUCGGCUUCUUUAGCAGAAGUAUUCAAACCUUGCUAAAAGCUGUAGAAAAGGGUAAAAGAAAGAGGAUGCAGGUUGACAUUAAAUAUUUCCCUUUUAUCCCAUCUCUGUCAAGUGUAAGUGUAAUGUGAUGCGAAAAAAGUGUGCGAAAAAAGAAAUAAUCGCCCCUAGCUAUUAUUCGAGGAAUACGGUAACUUAAAAUGCAAAUCGGUGAAUAAUUCGGAUUAAGCCACGGUUGGAUAGUAAGGGGUAACCCCCUCAUUAUAUGCAUGCUUGCUAACAGAUUCCUAACUGCAGUGUUUUUUAGCCUGUUAGAAUUGGUUUUACUAUUUGUUAUAAGUGUAUGAUGUUUUGACAAGUAAGUUGUUGACGAUUUCUAUCAUUUACUCAUCUUAAAAGAGGACAGUAAAUUUAAGUUGUUUUUUUAAUUAUUAUAUUUUGUUCAUCAUAAGGUGUCCAAUGCAAAAGCCAUUCACAAUAACACAGGAAGUUUCUGUCAAAAGUGUAGUGAACCAUUGAAUGUGCAUCAAUCAAAUUUGGCUUUAUUGGUAUCUACUCUCUGUAUGUUUUAUUAUUUCAUGCUGUCUGUUGCAGAUUGUUUUGUUCAUGAGUCAGUUCUACAGUUUAUCCUCGGACAGCAUAGACAAGUGAGUUUUGUAGUAUGGUGCAAAGUGAUCCGUUUAGUUGAAAGAAUGAAUGAUCUGAAGCAAAUAACGGACUGUGUUCUUUUUCCCUUAAUUAUAGACAUGCUUGACGCGACACAAGAACACAAAUCGACUGAGUAACUAUUGAUAAAGGUUUGUCAUUAUGGUGUCAGGGGCAAGCAACGUUAAUUUUCGGAAAAUAUCUCUUCGGAAGACGAUUUGAGAUCUAGAAUUUUCGGAACAUUUGUUGUAAAAUUUCUUGUUUGCCUGCCUCUCCUAGGAUUUUCGAACUUCUAAAAAAUUCCAUUUUUAACGGAUUUUUACCCUAAAAAGGUCACCUAGAAUUUCCGGGAGCCUUUUUUCUGACUGAAAUUUUCGAAAAGGUAAGUUUUGAUCCCUAUAAUUUUCGAAUCACUAGACUUUCAGCUAGGAAAUCCGGACAGAUAAAAAAUUUUUAGGGGAUAUAAAUAUGCCUAUAUCUACCGGUUAAAUACUAAAACACGUUCAACAAUGCUAUGUUUAAGCUUAAGUGGUAUUGAACUAUAUUCUCGUUGGGUGCCCCUGAUUACGUAGACAUUGUUUGCGCAUUAUUGAUCUUAUCAUGGACAGGCAAUCUUACAGCGAUGUUUGUAGAAAGGGGCCUUGCUUAGACGAAAUGUUUUUGAAUCAUUUACAAAGUAAAGGAAUGCAAAAGCAGAUGAUAGUUAUAGGGGAAAGUCUCUUUGACUAAAUAUAGUUUCUAAUUUAAUUUGGGUGCCACAGACUGAGGUUCUGUAAUAAUAAUAAUAAUAAAAAAAAUUAUAAAAAUUAAAUGCCUUUCUAAAAGACUGCUUUAAAACACGAUAUCCUAGUUUACUGUCAUUGCAGUCUGAGAUAGCUAGGACGCACCCAAUAAAGCCAAAGCGUGGAGAAUAAUUCGAGAAAAGCCUUGGCGUCGCAAUUGACUUUACAACUCUUAAAUUUGGCACGUGAGUUCUUACAUAGCUAAUAUUUCUUAGAUCAUUACGCUGACAAACCAAUAAAAAUUCUAGGAGAAGACAUUUUUGAAAUAACUUGUAAACAAAGUGGAUUUAUUGUUCACUUCAUUCAGACGUCAUCACAUAUUUAAAAUAAGUUUCUAUCUGUCGAUAUUUGCCCAUACUUGUUUUGUAUAAUCCAGUUUCACUAAAAUUUUGAGCUAUUCGCAACUGACAGUUCCGGAAAAUACAGAAAAAAUCAAUAAAAUAAGCUUUGAAUCGAAGAUGAGCAAAAUUUACAAAUUAAGCUUAAUAUUAAUGCAUUUGAACAGAAACUUGAAUACAGCUUUUUAUGCAGGUAUAGCUGUCAGCUGUGAAAAAGAAUACUUCAAAGUGUUUAUGAAAAUAAGCCUUUUGUGGUAUUUUCAGCAUGGAGAAGAGAGAGAAAAAAAUGCGUAGCGGGCCAUGAAAGCGAUAAAUUGAUCGAGUCGUACAGUGCACAACCAGCAAUAGUUCGAGUCAUCUUCCAUUACAGGGUUGUCACUAAGAUUUCAAGUUGCCGGUUAUUUGUUGUUAGUAGCCGGGGAGGUCGCAAGCAGUCAUGGAGCAUCCACCCCCCUUUAAGAAGUUUUUUAAGUGCAACGUCUGCCGUUUUCCAAAAGGCAUUACCGCCCCCAAAAAGCAAUCUUCAUCAAGGGUACAGCUAUCUUUAGCGGUUUUAUGAUGAUCACAUCUUUAUCAAAGAAAACUUCAACAUUCUGAGACACUAAAAUAACAAGUUUUUACUUUACGCAAAGGCUCGUUAGAGGGUUUUUUUAUUGGCCGCCAAAUGGGAAUAUACAUGUAAGCACCAGGUCUGAAAAAAAAUGACAGGUAAGCACCGGUCACGUUAUCCGUGCAGUCUUAUCUUCACGUAGACAAGGCGCAUGCUGGUCACGAUACUUAACAAAUGUUAAAAAUGUGGAAAGGACAAUCGAUUCUUAUAUGGCAGGGCUGCAAAUAACGGCCGGUCAACGGACAACGUCCGGCCUGAUCGUGGACUUGACCGGUCAAACUCUGGUCUUGCCGGACAUUUUGACCGGUCAUUUUUGGAUAUAAACAUUUUAUUUUCAAUAGAGUUGUCGCUUAAUGCUCUAUAACGCUGCAAUGAUUUCUUUUUUCUUUGGCGUUUUUUGCUGCUUUGCACUAAACCCUUCUAAGAAAAAGAACACCGCAAUAAAUUAAUUUCAUGUCGUCAUGUCAUAAUGAAACGCAACAAAGUGAAUAACAAACUGAGUUAAAAAGUAACGCAACGUUGCAAGUCGUACUGUACUUUCGGCUUUGCUGUAAUCAGCAAUGUGACCUUCUUCACUUCUUUGGGAAUUCGAAGGAAUUCAGGCAAAUCGAUUGCAAUUCUCAACAGGUCGUCCUGUGUUUCUCCGGGAAUAAAUGUUAGCGCAUCGAUUAAUAAUAAUUUCUUUUAUGUCGAACAUGAAUCUCGUUUGCAGACUCGAUUCCAGAAUGGUCUGAUAAAAAUUUAAGCUACUCAAGAGGGAAGGUCGUCGUCUAUCGCGGCGCUAGAUUCUCGUUCUUGUAAACAACUUUAUGCAAAUUUCUGUUGACAUUUGAGCCCUUCGCGAUAAAAUGUUGCGCGAUGACCCAAAUUUAUUUAUUGACUUCUGAUCAUCAACACGCUGUUUGUGGAACAAACUUCUCGCCAAUGCAAAUCAACGUCUUUGCCGAAAAUAUCAACGACGAUUCUUCUUUGAGGAAGUGACUUUCGAUCACGUGCCAGGCAAGGAAAAAGAUCAAGUUUCACCGAUGUUCAUUUCGGAACAUCAACGUAAAACAAGCGUGUGCAGAUUUUGUAAAAUAACCCAAUUUUUUUGUUUUUUUUUUUCGUAAUUUCUAAAGGUUGCUGAACUGUAUGUGUAUUCCAUUUCCUGAACCUUGGGAGUUUGAAAAGGAUUUAAACUUCACUUUUUACCUCAAGAGACUUCAGACACCGCCAUGCAAUGAUACUCAAGGUAGAACGUAACACGAAAACGCGAAAACCGCGGAAAGGAACUCUACAACGUGCGAAUGCAUUUUUCACCAAUUUGCUGUCAAAAAUGUGAACGUCAAUGUAGUAAUAACGAUCUAUUGCCAGCAUAAUUGGAUAUUCCUUAGGCAAAAAAAAUUUAUUAGUAUUCAUUAUUUGACCGGCCAGAAUCGGGGUUUGUCCGGGCUUAAAAAUAUUUGGCCGGUCAUCAUGACCGGCAACCUGCUGUCCGUUAUUUGCAGCCCUGUAUGGUGCAACUGAAUUAACAUGCGCUGUAAAACCAAUUGUAAAUCCUCAUUUAGUUAUACGUAAGAACGAAACAACUUACGGAAAACAAAAGUAAAACUAAUAUGACAAAUGAAUUAACCCACGGAGAAGCGGAAAGAAGACAAGCGGACGAUGAAUGUACGAAAAAGGAUCAUAAACGUAAGGUUACUAUGGUUUGUGGAAAAAUAAAAGUAUGAUAAGGCAAAACAACUAGCGUAACGUACGAAAAAUCGCGGGAUAAAAUAUGGCAAAACUAAACUGCACAACUGGUAACAUUAGUGGUCUCGAAUUUAUGAACGAAACAUCACUUAACAUUCGAAGAAACUGACCUACAGAAAAGCGUUUAAAACGGACAAGGCUAAUACUUUAUAAACGACGCUGAGAUGUCAAAACGAGACUCAAGGAGAAGAAUGCAAAAGUAAUGCUAAUGCUAAACUUCCCUUUUAUAUAUAACUUCUUGGAAGUAGAACUGAGAGGAUGUGAUCAUGACCUGCGGAAAAUGAUCGAACAUUUCCCGUUGACCGUGCGUUAUUUUAUAUACUCGAUUCCUAAAGCUAAAUGUAGACCUGGUCACUUAAAUGUCAAUUUAUUAAACAUAGCAAUCAGUCAUAGUCUUCAUCUUCAAAGCCUUCAUCAUAAUCCUCAUUAUCAUCAACAUCAGCAUCAGGGAGAUUUAAUGCUCGGAUGAAGCCUCAACUUCUUCUGUGAUGUCAACAGAGAUCUGCUCAGGUCUUUCAUCGUGAACAAAGAGUGCAGAUUCCUUUGCCACUUCUUCGACAUGUUCAACAAAAAGCCAACACAACGGUUGAAACUUUUAGCAUCGACAAAGGUGACGGCAGCGAAAACGUCACUUUUAAAAUGACUAAAAUGAAUUGGCGUUUUUUCCAACUUUGUCACGUUUAUUUCAAUUCUCUUAGAAUAGCUUACGUAGGCCAAUUUCUCUGGAGUUGAUUUCUUUGGGACCGCACUCUAGUUUAGAAAGAGAAAGAAAAGUUUGUCGUCGCUUGUUUACGUCCUCCGUAAAACGUGAAACAAGAUUUUGACGUCGUAGUCGUGCAGUAACGGCAAAGAAAUGUACAAAAAAGCGUGAUGCACGUGCAAACUAGUUGUUUUGCUCGUCUAAGUCAGAUGUCUUUUUCCGACAUUUCUUAGUUUUUGCACGCGAGUAUUUCAAAAUUAUUUAAACCUGCUGCAGAUGAAACUUGCAUUUAGUUUGAUGGAUAGUCUGGUGUGCUCUUUUGGUUUAAUCUAAAGUAGCCGGGGGCCAUGCUCUGAGUAGCCGGGGGAAAUCUCCGGCCCCCGGCCCUUAGUGACAACCCUGCAUUAGCAGGCGAUUUAUGAGCUUAACUCAUGUAAAUUCCGGCAAGUUCAACCUGUUCUUACAGAUGGGCCUCAUUAUUUAUUCUUUCUUUUCUUUCUAUGACUUCCUGAGCUUCCAUCCGCAGCAACAAAUUCAGGUUUUGCCAACAGCCCACUAAUGUAAAACUUAAAUCAUUUUCUGUGUUUCACAGUUGCAAUUACUUUUCUAGCCCGCCCUUACAGCGGCAGUUAGUGAUAUGGUUGGAUUCUCUUUACUUAUCCAUUAGGAACUGUUUUUUGAGUAGUUUUCAAAUAGUGCUGUCGGUAAAAUAUAAACUAAAGGGGCUGCUUUUUCGAGUUUUGAUCUAUGGGGCGUUGCGAGAGUUCAUUUGACAUGACAGCCUGUCAAUCCCUUGUCCAUUCACCGGUUUCAAUGAUAAAAAAAAAUCAACCAAUCGAUGUACUUGUUUGCGUCAUUCGCAAGCGCGCUCACCUCUUGUUUUUGUUUUUCUUUCUCUUCCAACAUGUAAAUAGAGAAGUAGAAAAUGUCCAUUUUUCGGACAAUCUCUCAGCCGUGGGCAUUAUCCUCCUAUAGACUAGCCGCCGGAAGGGGGUUAUUUACUAAUUAUGCGUGUGGUUUUAGCCAAUCAGAAACGGAGAGAUAUUUUGAAUGAAUAAUAAUUCACCAUAACUAGCUGCCGUUGACCAAAUUUGGAAAGAAUUCCGUCAUAUUGAACCGAUAACGUCAAAAUGGUCUCAAAAGUGCAGUCUGGUUGCAGGUUAUUGAACCGUUGACCGGGAAAACCUGGAGACGAGGUUGAGUUGUUUUGGUAGUUAAAACAAAAUGGCGGAACUGUCGCGGAACAUUUUACUCGUUUCACGGCGAUAUAUUUUCUAAAAACUUCUCAAGAACAGCAAGAAGACAACUCGACGACAACAUCUGCUAUUUGGAGCAUAUUUGUAAACCUGAGCAGACCUUAAUUUCCUAAAAUUCCGGCGAUAAAGAUCCAUUACCGAUAUUAACGUUCAUCGACCGAGGUUAGCAUGUUUCAGCUUGUUUUUAAACUUGGAAUUAUUUUGAAGGAACAAUAAAACCAUUAUUGAAUUUGGCUUUCGUAGGAUAUGAAGAAUUCUGCAGAUCUCGGAGGGUGGAUAACACUCGCAUCUACAUAAUCAUUCAUAUCCUACUCAGCCUCAUUCAAUAAUUGCUAAAUAUUCAUACAUUACAUGCUAAAUUUAAGAGCACCUUUAUAAAGUGGUCAACCUCUAUGGGAGUACCUCUAUACAACAGCCAGAAUCCUUCAUUCCAUUGCUUUCUGGUGCAAAUUAGGGGUAUUGUUUUUUAAACCUCACGGGGAUCGAUAACUUUAAAAGAAAGCAAGAACGAAAUGAAUUGUGGUAGUUAUAGCAUGUAGGAUUUCUUUGGGGUGGGUAGCGAUUUCUACACUGAUUUUUUUCUUUCGCUAAUCUUUCUACUAGAUCCCAAUUCAGCAUGGAGUAUACUCCACAACAGCUAAACUACUUCAGAACAUGUUAUAUCGCCUUUAACUUGGUCCCAAAAGGACUUCGGAAAGUCUUCAAACAAGAGUGGAAUUUCCUUUACAUGACAACUCCAUUUGGGGAAUGGAAAGACAUUCCACAAAAUGGCAGCGAUUUCUACAACAACGAAACGGGGAAAAGUCGCAAAAAGAAUGCUCGAUAUUUUGCGACAAUACAAAAGGGAAACACAGCAGAGUGGGACUGCAGUUGUCUACUUUUUGCGAUAUUGUCCUCGGAUAGUAUUGGCACCACUCUGAGUUCGACAAUUAGAAAAGAAGUCGAUGAUCUUCGACAGGUGCGAAACGACAUCGCUCACAUAAACGAGGUUGAACUUACUGAUGCUGAAUUCAAAAAUUAUGUAGCAAGAGUGAUAGCUGCAUUUUCAUCUUUGAAACUCUCAACUGAUGAAAUCGAAGAUGUUAAAAACCAGAGCAGCUUUCCCACAGCAGAAGUAAAAAGCAUAAAGCUUAAGGCUGAUGGACUUAAAGCUGAUUUAAAAGCGAAAAAUGAAGAAGUUAAAAAUCUAAACUCCGACUUACAAUUGACCCAAGACGCAUUACAGACCAAGCAGGAAGAAGUAGAGAUCCUUACUCGGGAAAUCAAUUCCAAAGUCGAGUCUUUCUGUAGUCUUACUUUCAAGCCAACGCACCAAAUCAUCAGACGUUCCAACGAUGUCACAAGAAUCAAGAACAAGCUGGAGGAACUUUAUAGUGAAAGCAAAGGAGCUAUCAGCAUCAUUUAUUUAUCAGGAAUUCCGGGCUGUGGCAAAAGUCAAAUCGCUCGUCAAGUGGGACAAGAAGUCUAUGACAAAAGUGUGCGAAAAGACGAAGGUCUAACAUUUGUUUCAACUCUGAAUGCAGAAACCCUUGACUCACUUGCCAACUCCUAUUUCAAUCUAGCUAAACAACUGGGAGUUACGGAAUACGCUCUGACCAACCUAGCAACCUCCACGAAGAUUGACUCAAGUGAAAAAAUUCAACAUUUGAUGCGUUAUAUUUCUCCAAAGGUGAAACAAUUUUCUGCCUGGCUGAUUAUUGUGGAUAAUGUUGUUGACCUAUCCGUGGUUCGUAGUUAUCUUCCUCCAACCGCCAGUGAAGAGUGGGGUCAUGGUCAGAUGCUAGUAACUACUCAAGAUGCUCAGUCAAUACCCUUCAAUUCCCCUCAUACUUACCAUGAGUCUCUCAGUAAAGGAAUGCACCCAGCUGAUGCAGUGGCCCUUUUAAGAGAAGUGUCCCAAAUUUCGAAUCAACAACAAGCUGAGGAGGUUGCUGAAGUUCUCGAGUAUCAGCCACUUGCCUUGGCAGCUGCUGCAGUCUACGUGCAAACAAUUGUGGGCUAUGGUACCCCUAAUUACGGUUGGACAAAAUACCUGGAAACAUUGAAUAGCGAGGAACGCGAAGCCAGAGAAGAGCUUUUCGCGAAAAAAAACAGAGCCUAUCCCAAAACAACGGCUACUGCAAUCAGAAUAGCAAUAACUCGAGCUUUGGAAAGCGACGAAGUUCUUUGUGAAGUGUUUUGUUUGUUUUCACUGUGCACAUCUGAUUCUCUACCUAUUGAGGCUGCAGUUGACUUUGUUAAAUUUCGUAACAAACAACAAAAAGAAGAAUUUAUCAGAGCUAAAAUUCUGGAAUCCACCAUGAUAACUUGCUUGUAUGAUGUUGACGGCACACCCACUUACUUAAGAGUACAUAACGUUGUUCAUGAAGUGCUUAAGUCCACUGUAACAUCUGUCCUGAACCGCACGCGCAAAGCUGAGUACUUUUCUAUCGCUGUUAAGAUUUUCAGUUCAUUAAUUGAAGACAACAGGAAGCUGCUACUUGCAAGUGAGAGUGCGUGCAUAAAGUUAAGACUAACUACCAGUCAUUGUAAAGAAUUAUAUCAACAUUUCAAGACUAAUUUUACCGACACAGAAUUAACAAAUGAUGAAUUAUUCCCCUCCAUAGCUCCUAGAAAUUUAGUAUCCUGGCUUUCCUCGACUGCUGAAGUUAGUCACGCCUUGAGUAAUAUAUCGGACGCUCACCUCUUUUGUACAUUAUUCUCUGAUUUUGUAAAUUAUCUUGAUGACGAGCUAAGAGAUAAGGUGGAAAAGGCGAAUUAUUUUCAAGUGCAAGGCCUUGUUUCCCAGGAUCUUGACAAGUACAAUCAGGCUAAAGAAUACCAUGAGAAGUCUCUUGCCAUUAGAAAAGAGAUUUAUGGUGAACACCAUGGUGACGUAGCGACAAGUUACAACAACCUGGGAAAUAUUUACAGUGCCCUUGGUCAGUACAAUCAGGCUAAAGAAUACUAUGAGAAGUCUCUUGCCAUUAGAAAAGAGAUUUAUGGUGAACACCAUGGUGACAUAGCGCAAAGUUACAACAAUCUGGGACUUGUUUACAGUGACCUUGGUCAGUACAAUCGGGCUAAAGAAUACCAUGAGAAGUCUCUUGCCAUUAGAAAAGAGAUUUAUGGUGAACACCAUGGUGACGUAGCGGCAAGUUACAACAACCUGGGAAAUGUUUACCGUGCCCUUGGUCAGUACAAUCAGGCUAAAGAAUACCGUGAGAAGUCUCUUGCCAUUAGAAAAGAGAUUUAUGGUGAACACCAUGGUGACGUAGCGAGAAGUUACAACAACCUGGGAAAUGUUUACAGUGACCUUGGUCAGUACAAUCAGGCUAAAGAAUACUAUGAGAAGUCUCUUGCCAUUAAAAAAGAGAUUUAUGGUGAACACCAUGGUGACGUGGCGGGAAGUUACAACAACCUGGGAACUGUUUACAGUGACCUUGGUCAGUACAAUCAGGCUAAAGAAUACCAUGAGAAGUCUCUUGCCAUUAGAAAAGAGAUUUAUGGUGAACACCAUGGUGACGUAGCGACAAGUUACAACAACCUGGGAACUGUUUACAGUGCCCUUGGUCAGUACAAUCAGGCUAAAGAAUACCAUGAGAAGUCUCUUGCCAUUAGAAAAGAGAUUUAUGGUGAACACCAUGGUGACGUGGCGGGAAGUUACAACAACCUGGGAACUGUUUACAGUGACCUUGGUCAGUACAAUCAGGCUAAAGAAUACUAUGAGAAGUCUCUUGCAAUUACAAAAGAGAUUUAUGGUGAACACCAUGGUGACGUAGCGACAAGUUACAACAACCUGGGACUUGUUUACCAUGCCCUUGGUCAGUACAAUCAGGCAAAAGAAUACUAUGAGAAGUCUCUUGCCAUUAGAAAAGAGAUUUAUGGUGAACACCAUGGUGGCGUAGCGACAGUUUACAACAGCCUGGAAACUGUUUACAGUCAUCUUGGUCAAUACAAUCAGGCUAAAGAAUACUGUGAAAAGUCUCUUGCCAUUAGAAAAGAGAUUUAUGGUGAACACCAUGGUGACGUAGCGACAAGUUACAACAACCUGGGAACUGUUUACAGGGGCCUUGGUCAGUACAAUCAGGCUAAAGAAUACUAUGAGAAGUCUCUUGCCAUUAAAAAAGAGAUUUAUGGUGAACACCAUGGUGGCGUAGCGACAAGUUACAACAACCUGGGAAAUGUUUACAGUGACCUUGGUCGGUACAAUCAGGCUAAAGAAUACUAUGAGAAGUCUCUUGCCAUUAGAAAAGAGAUUUGUGGUGAACACCAUGGUGACGUAGCGACAAGUUACAACAACCUGGGAACUGUUUACAGUGGCCUUGGUCAGUACAAUCAGGCUAAAGAAUACUAUGAGAAGUCUCUUGCCAUUAGAAAAGAGAUUUGUGGUGAACGCCAUGGUGACGUAGCGACAAGUUACAACAACCUGGGAACUGUUUACCGUGCCCUUGGUCAGUACAAUCAGGCUAAAGAAUACCAUGAGAAGUCUCUUGCCAUUAGAAAAGAGAUUUAUGGUGAACACCAUGGUGACGUGGCGGGAAGUUACAACAACCUGGGAAAUGUUUACAGUGACCUUGGUCAGUACAAUCAGGCUAAAGAAUACUAUGAGAAGUCUCUUGCAAUUACAAAAGAGAUUUAUGGUGAACACCAUGGUGACGUAGCGACAAGUUACAACAACCUGGGACUUGUUUACAGGAAGCUCGAACUGUACAAUCAGGCUAAAGAAUACUGUGAGAAGUCUCUUGCCAUUAAUAAAAUUAUUUACGGCGAGGAGCAUUCCUCUGUAGCGAACAGUUAUUUCAACCUUGGCAAUAUCUAUUGUAGCGUUAAACAGUAUCCUGUUUCUGAAGAAUGCUAUGAAAAGGCUCUGAACAUUUAUAAAACCUUGUAUGGCGAGCAGCAUGCUGUUGUGAAAAGAACUUUCAACGAGUUAGGAUUCGUU